AAGGCGCACCGAAAAUCAGAAUGCUGCACCGCUCAAUAUCUUUCUCAUUCAAACAAAACAAUACCUCUGAAGAAAAAAUAAAAUUCUUCACCCAUACAUUCCUCUUUUGAUUCUUCUCUUUCCUCUCUUCAAUAAUAAUAAUAAUAAGCCGUUCCUCCACAUUACCCUCCUAAAUUCUUUCUCCAUUCUCGAAUUCCAAUUUCAAUUUUUCAAUCUUAGUCUCACAUUGCGGUGAAGUUCCUUUUCGGUUAUUUUUUUUUUCCAAUAAUUAAUGUGGGACCGGGUGGCAUAAACAUUAAACGCCGAUAUAAUAAAUUAACAAUCUUAUUUUGCAAUGCGUUUUGCUUGUGGUGGAAGUUAGCGUUGUUAAUUGUUGUUUUUGAAUGUGUGUGUGAAUGGUUACAGAAUAUGAAUAAUAAUAAUAAUAACGAUAAUAAUCAGGUUCAAGGUGGAAUUGGAGAGGUUAGUAAUAAGAUACUUUACAUAGUAGUUAUUGAUGAUGGUGUUGUUGAGAAGAAAAACAAAGAGAAAGGAAAAGAAUCGUUUCGGUACACGCGUUCCGUUUUGCAGAGUACUCUGCAACUUAUGGGAUGCAAAGCUCGACACGCAUUCAAGAUAAGCCAAAGAGUUUUUGAACGCACAAGAAGCCAGAGUUUUGCUGAUACUUUGCAGCCUGAUGCAGCAGUUUCAUCAGGCCUCGACGCACUCAAGAGAAAUUUUGUGAAAAAAGAAGGUUGUCAUGCUGGUGUUUGCCUAGGUAGAGUAGACCUAGGUAACCAAUCUCUUUUGGGGAAAGAUAAUAGAAGUAAGAGUAUACCAUUUGAGUUGUACAAAAGGCGCACAUCUGUAUUUGUUUGGAGAGAAACGUUUCUAGAAAUUGUAUGUGAUGCUUUGGCUGAGUACAAGUACGUCGGUCCUAACCAGAGAGCUGAUUUGAUUCUAGCCUGCAGAAUCCGUGAACGGAAGGAAUCUGUGACAGUGUUGCUGUGUGGCACUAGUGGUUGUGGCAAAUCCACAUUGUCUGCAUUAUUGGGUAGCAGAUUGGGAAUCACGACAGUGGUAUCAACUGAUUCUAUUAGGCACAUGAUGAGAAGUUUUGCGGAUGAGAAGGAAAACCCCUUGUUGUGGGCUUCUACUUACCAUGCAGGCGAGUGUUUGGAUCCUGUUGCUGUUGCAAAAGCAAAGGCCAGAAGGAAAGCCAAAAAGAUGGCUGGUGUGUCACAUUCGCUUACCAAGGAUGAAGUAAUCAAUGGUCACAAUGCUGGAAAGUCAGAUAUACGGACAUCAGAGACAAGCUCUAGUGCUACUGAGCAUCCGAGUCCGAAACAAAUGGCUAUUGAAGGAUAUAAGGCACAGAGUGAGAUGGUGAUUGACAGCCUUGAUAGGCUAAUCACUGCCUGGGAAGAACGAAAAGAGUCUGUUGUUGUUGAGGGUGUUCACCUGAGCCUCAACUUUGUUAUGGGGCUCAUGAAGAAACAUCCAUCGAUCAUACCAUUCAUGAUAUACAUCACAAAUGAGGAAAAACACUUGGAAAGAUUUGCUGUGCGUGCGAAAUAUAUGACUCUGGAUCCAGCUAAAAACAAGUAUGUGAAGUAUAUCCGAAACAUCAGAACAAUCCAGGAUUAUCUCUGUAAGCGUGCUGAAAAGCAUUUAGUUCCCAAAAUAAACAACACAAAUGUUGAUAAGAGCGUAGCAGCCAUCCAUGCAACUGUCUUCAGCUGUCUACGAAGGCGUGAAGUUGGCGAUCAACUAUAUGAUCCUAUUAGAAAUACUGUAACAGUUGUUUAUGAGGAAUACAGAAAUCAAUGUGCAGCCAAUUCUCUGAGCUCAAAAGGAAUGUUUCAAUUGAUCCAGAGAAAAGGUUCCUCAAGGAGUCUGAUGGCUCUAGUUAAUACAGAUGGGUCUGUGGCAAAGACUUGGCCUGUCAAUUUAGUUGAUAGUAAUGGGAAGCCCAUAUGGGGUCUAGGGGAAGAGAAUGAAAUUGGACAUCCAAUGUAUGGUCCCUUACGGAUCGGGAAGGCAGAGCCUGUAAAUCUACAGUUUGGUUUGUAUGGAAUCAGUGCUUGGCCUAGCGAUGGUGGACCUAGUUGUGCGGGAAGUGUUGAUGAGUCCAGAGCUGAUGGGACUGAUACCGGUAGUAGAUAUCUAUCCUCUUGCUGUAGCUCACCUAGGCUGUCAGAUUUCCCCUCCAAGGAGCUGAAGGAACACUUCUCGGUGGAUGGUAGCGAUGAAGAAAUCGAAGAUCAACUAGAUGUAGGCAGUGACGAGGAUUUCAGUGACGAUGGUGACAAAAAUGUUCACGACGAGGUUGGAUCUGUUGAUGAAGAAUCAACAAAGUCUGAUGAAGAGUACGAUGAUCUUGCAAUGCAAGAUGUGUUGGAAAACGGUUAUUGGUCGGACGAUGAUUAUGAGUUUAAGAGUAAGCUCGCUGUUGAGGAGCUUGGAACUAAAAUCCAUGGAAAUAAGUAUCGUCGCAACCUCGAUCAAUUCCUUAGAUCUAGAAGUGAGCCGGUGCCAAUUGCAGGGGCAUCUCCAGAGCCCCUUUGCUCUUAUUCUUCUAUGCUUGUUGAAAAGGGUGAGAAGAAACUACCAUCAAAUGACAAAGCCAAAUUAAGAAAACGUUCUCUAAGUAUUCCAGCAUUAAGAAAUCAUAGUGCAGCUAUGAAUGAUCCAAUCCUUUCUGGUACUCCUCAAAGGUAGCAGGGUAUGACAAUCAAACCACAAUUGUUUUUUUUUUUGUAGCUUUUGAUAAACUGUAUUUUAAGCCCGCAUGUAAAUAGUAAAGUAGCUACAGCCAAGAUUUUCAUAAUCUUUUGGUUGCUUCAUUGCAUGGUAUGAGGUGUAUUUUAGAUGAAAACCUGCAAACUAACUGGAAAUGGAUCAAUGUUGUGGCUUUGACAUGUCGUAUUGGUUUCA